GCCUGGGAUGACACAAACGUCUAUGCAUGGGACAGAGCCCUCCACAUGCUGUCCACCUUUCACUCAGAUUUAUGGACAAUGGAGCCUGCGAGGGGGACAAGCAGCAGACAGGACCCCUCCCUCUGACUCACCCUGCCCCUGCUCUCCCCAGGAAAAGCACAUCUGAGGAAAAGAACAACCAGAGCUCCAAGGCAGUCACAUCUGUGACCUCAGAGCCCACCAGAGCCCCUAUCUGGGGGGACACGGUGAACGUGGAGAUCCAAGCUGAGGAUGCAGGGCAAGAAGAUGUGAUCCUCAAGGUGGUGGACAAUAGAAAGAAACAGGAGUUGUUGUCCUACAAAAUCCCCAUCAAGUACCUACGUGUCCUCCACCCCUACCACUUUGAGCUGGUGAAGCCCACCCAGUCUGGGAAAGCUGAUGAAGCCGCUGCCAAGACCCAGUUGUAUGCCACAGUCGUUCGGAAGAGCAGCUUCAUCCCCCGCGACAUCGGCUGCAACCACACAGCUCUGGAGAUCUUUCUCCGGGGAGUCAACGAGCCCCUGGCCAACAAUCCCAACCCCAUGGUGGUGAUUGCCCGGGUGGUUCCCAACUACAAGGAAUUUAAGGUCAGCCAGGCCAACAGGGACCUGGCCUCUGUGGGGCUGCCCAUCACCCCACUCUCCUUCCCUAUCCCAUCUGUGAUGAACUUUGACGAGCCUCGCAUCAGCCAGAACGGAUGCCCUCAGCUGUCCAAGCCUGGGGGACCCCCAGAGCAGCCCCUAUGGAAUCAGUCCUUCCUCUUCCAAGGCCGAGAUGGAGCUACCAACUUCUCAGAAGACACAGCCCUGGUGCUGGAGUACUACUCCUCAACUUCAAUGAAAGGCAGCCAGCCGUGGACUCUCGACCAGCCCCUGGGCAUCUCUGUGUUGCCACUAAAGAGCCGUUUGUACCAGAAGAUGCUGAGAGGGAAAGGCUUGGAUGGGCUUCACGUGGAGCGGCUCCCCAUCAUGGACACCAGCCUGAAAACUAUCGAUGGUGAGGCCCCCACAGUGGAUCUCUCCUUCCAGUUGCUUUCCUCCGAGGUAAGGCUGUGGGCCAGGGGAGGGUCAGGGCCAGCAGGCACAUGUUAGUGAGAUCCAACUUCCUUCACAAUUGCUGGCUUUGUUCAGGGACUUCCGGGGGAAUGGGACUACUACUUUGGAUGGAAGCAUCUAAGGGUGAUUUGAGACUCCAGAAAAACAGAGAGAAAGCUGAGAUUAGGAAGAGGAGAGCUGUGAGCAGAGGGCCACCCAGACCUGGGAGUCAGCCUCUGACCAAGCCCAAGCCAAGUCUGGCUCACUGGGAUCAAGGUUCUGCAAGGGUGAGCUAGGAUAUCAGUUUUCUAUUGCUUUAUAACCAACUUAGCAGCUUAAAAUCAUGCCCAUUUAUUAGCUGACACUUCUAUAGGUAGGUCCUGUGACAC